UUUGUCCGUCUGCUUCAGAAGAAGGGUCAGCUUCUCAGGAUGUACACGCAGAACAUUGACGGACUGGAGAGAAUGGCAGGGAUUCCUCCUGAGUUGCUGGUCGAGGCCCACGGUACGUUCUCCACCGCCACCUGCACCGUCUGCUUGAGAAAAUACGAGGGCAAUGAUCUACGACCGGAUGUGAUGAGUGGGACGGUCCCUAAGUGUCCCACCUGUAAAGGUGUGGUCAAGCCUGACAUCGUGUUUUUCGGAGAGGAGCUUCCACAGCAUUUCUUCAAGUACCUCACAGACUUCCCUCUGGCAGAUCUGCUGAUCAUCAUGGGCACAUCACUGGAGGUGGAGCCCUUCGCCAGCCUGGCAGGGGCCGUGCGCAGCUCCGUUCCUCGUCUGCUCAUCAACAGGGACGUGGUGGGGCCGUUCGCUUGGAGCCGCCGGCAGCACGAUGUCGUUCAGCUGGGCGACGUGGUCAGUGGCGUGCAGGCCCUGGUCGGCGCCCUGGGCUGGACUCAGGAGCUGGACAAGGUGAUGGCUGCUGCUGCAGAGGAAGAGACAACAAAGACAGAAGAGUGAGAACAUUUCACUUCAUCGAGCUGCAGGUUUCACUUUUCAUCACUGCACUCGGCACCGAACACAAAACAACCUCACGUGACUUUCCUGACGGAAGAGGUCGUGCUGAUGUCAAGGAGACUUGAAUAAUAACCUGCUGCAUGUCCUCAUUCAAUUAUCAUUAAAAUCCAAGUGAUUGUUAUGGUUGAAAUUGUUUUAAACCAACGAGGAAGUUCU